AUGUAUCCAUGUGAUAAUAUUUUAUGGGACUAUACGAAAAAUGGAUGUGGCUAUGCAAAUUGUUAUUUAAUUUUUGAUAAGUUUCUCGCAACAUUUGAUUGCAUAUUCAAUGGAGCUGUACCGACUGUCUUAAAUGCGCUUGCUAAUAUAUUACUUUUCAUGCGUUUCAUUUUACAGAAACGUCGUAUGCGACAAACGAUGAAUUGGCAACGACAAUGGCGCAUGGCAACACAAUUGUUCUAUGUUUCCAGUAUUUAUAUAGUUGCUUUUUUCCCACCAAUGAUCGUCAGUCUUGUUCAAAUACUUGGCUAUCCGAAUUUCCUUGUCGAUGUACAAAAUAAUUAUUUAAAUGAACUUAUUAGUUCCGUAGAGUUUGUACUUCCGUGGAUUUAUCUGAUUCUUUUUUCCGAAUCGCUCAACUGGAUAAAAACUCUCUAUCGUCGACGGCUUGCAACUGUCGCAGCAUUAACUACACGCUGA